AUCAACUAGCUAAAUGCACGCUUCUCAUUCGUAGCUAAUAGUUUAGCGAAUGAUUGCAAUUUUUCGACAGUUUUGUUCCAAUCAGGUACAAAUGGUUAGCGAUAGCUUAACUAAGUUAGCCAACUGCCUAAAAAGAGCUGACCGAACUUUUAACGAUUCGUUUUUUGUUGUAGCUAGCUACGGACUGCACCAUGUUAGUAUUUAACAUUGUCUAACGUUACCCAUCACCAUACGUUAUUUGUAGCUAGGCUAGCUAGGCGUUUCAAAUGUAGAAACGAAAACCCGCCUGGAAGAGUCUCGACGCCUGAUUCUGAGAACAAGAAGAGAGCUCAGUGUGUGCAGUUAAGUAGUUCCCUGACCAGGGGGAGUGUCAGUGCGGAGUAUGUCGCUAGACGAGCGAGCCCGGGUGGUGUUUUCAGCUGCAGUGGGGGCAGUGCAGCCGGACUGCGUGGUGCGUAGGAGCCUGGAACGGAGCGGAAAUUGCCUCAGUGUGGCUGGACGCAACUUUGACCUCAGACACAACCUUCACCUAGUGGGCUUUGGCAAGGCUGUGUUGGGUAUGGCAGCUGAGACAGAAAGGAUUGUGGGAGACCACCUUGUUAAGGGUGUUGUCAGCGUGCCACACGGUAUCCGGGAGACAUUGCUGCACCAUGGAAAAGGACAAAUGCUGCUUGGAGCAGACACUCGUAUUGAGGUGUUUGAAGGUGCCAAGCACAACUUACCCGAUGCUAAUGCCCAGAAUGCAGCCAAACGAAUCCAUGAGCUGGCCAAUGCCCUUACAGAGUCUGACCUGCUGCUUGUGCUUAUCUCAGGUGGUGGGUCAGCACUCCUGCCAGCUCCAGUGCCUCCUAUCUCACUGGAAGAGAAACAGGAUGUGACACGAAAAUUGGCAGCUGCUGGUGCCACCAUCCAGGAGCUGAACACAGUGCGCCGUGCCCUCUCCUUACUAAAAGGAGGAGGCCUAGCCCACUCUGCCUACCCUGCCCAGGUGGUGGCUCUGAUCCUGUCAGAUGUGAUAGGAGACCCUCUGGACUUGAUCGCCAGCGGCCCCACAGUGCGCAGUGUGAUGCGGCCAGAGGAGGUGUGGGCGGUCCUGGAGCGCUAUAGGCUCUCUGCCUCACUACCUGCAUCAGUCAGGGAGGUGCUAGGAAAAGCAGGGCCACAGUGGAGACAGGAGAGGAAGCCAGAUGAGGAGGCCGAGCAUGUGCUGAACACUGUGAUCGGUUCAAACAGCAUCGCUCUAGAGAGUGCAGCCCGGUCUGCACGGGAGAUCGGUCUUCGUCCGGUUGUGCUCUCCCCCGGGGUGUGCGGGGACGUCCGCUCCGUUGCCCAUCUCUACAGCCUGCUGGCCCGCUUUGCCUGUGCCCCAGGUGCCUCCUCCCCCGACCUGAGCACCUCCAUCCUGGAGAUAGGGCCGGAAGUGGGCGUGGAGAGCUGGGAUCUGUACCGUGUCAUGCAGGCGCUUCGUGAGGGCCGUGGGGAAGGCUGGGAUGCCACCUGCCUGCUGGCAGGAGGAGAACCCACGGUGCAGCUGACGGGAACGGGGAAGGGAGGCCGGAACCAGGAGCUGGCACUGCGGUUGGCGAUGGAGCUGGGCGGGGAGAGCCUCCUGCAGGACGUGGUGUUCCUGAGCGGAGGGACAGACGGGCAGGAUGGGCCCACGGAGGCGGCGGGAGCUGUGAUUGAUGGGAGGCUACGUGAGGAGGCGCAGGGGCAGGGGCUUCCCCCAAAACCUUUCCUCAACAACAACGACUCCUUUACCUUCUUCUCGCAGCUGUCUGCUGGCCGGCACCUGCUUCUUCCUGGGCUCACUGGUACCAAUGUGAUGGACGUGCACCUGCUACUAUUACCCACACCCGCUACCACCCCCACCCCAUGAGGGCACCACUCACCCCUGGCCCCAGGUGGGCCCACAUGGGUCACAUACGAUUCUACGGGAACAGGUCUAUGUGGAGGGACAGAAAAUGGCACUGUAAACUAAGAAGACAAAGAAGGCAUGCUGUGAUCGUGUCAGGUGUAGCUUGUCGUCCCUGCAAAGGGGUGGAUUCUGUGAUCCUAUUCAUUGAACACACUGCUGCCGUAAACACUAAAACAGUUGGACCAAGAAAACCUACUGUAGGCAUCACAUUUGUCAGGAAGGUUGUCUAAAGUAUUCUGCUUGUCCUAACUGUAUUAUAUAUUUGUCAUCAGGACACAUGGAAAAUAACACUGAAAGCGAUGUUUCGUAAAUAAAUUAUAUUGACUAUGC